AUGUCCGCCGCGGCUAUCCGCGCCUACGUCCCGCGUACCGGCUCAUUGCCGCCCAGUAGCAGUUCCGCCGCUAGCUCGUCCGACACUCAACCCAAGCGCCAGGCCUACUGGCCGCGCACUGCAAGCUCGUCCACCUCCAAGCAGACAGCAGACGACGUCCGCCGCAGCGCCGACGCCAUCCUCAAGCUCCUCUCCGGUCUCCCGGCCCCGCUAUCCGGAGCACUGGGCAAGACGUUGCUACCAGUACCCCGUCCAGCCACACCCAGCCCACCGUCGUCGUCGUCCUUUCCGAGCUUCAAGGCGUAUGCCCGCGCCCAAAAGCGCAAGACCAGCAGCGGCGACGAGUCGGGUUCCAGCCUUGGCGGUCUCGGCCUUGGCAUCUCGACUGGCAGUAGCCUGCCGUCCCGCCCACCACUGAAGAAGGCGCGUACAAGUGAGGGUCGCGAGGGCACUGCUGCUGCUGCUUCUGGUUCUGCUUCUGGUUCUGCUGCCGGCGUCGGAUCACACGAGCUGGCGCGUGCUGCGUCGUCAUCUUCGGCAGGCCUGACACCUCCGCUCCGUUCUGCGCCCCACCUGCCCUCCCCGCACCGCCCUGCACGUUCGGGACUGCGCCACGAGAUCAAGUCGGGGACAGCCGACUGGACCCGCGAGCAGUGGUCCAGCCUAUACGCCAGCUUGGGUAGCCGCGCACACGCGCUCAAGCGUACGGGCGACGCCUACCUGUCUCCGGCGACCGCCAAGGGCCACCUGCGCGGCCGAGUCACCGAGGACCCCCUGCGAGGCGUGCUGUCGCUCACCGACUCGCUGUGUCUGUAUCUCUACCGCAACUUUUGCGAGGAGCGCAUCAACGGCGGCCAUGUCAAGACCAAGCCGUACCAGCAGCUCGAGGGCCUGCGGCAGUUUGUCCUUGGCCGCUGGAACAGCAUCAAGGGAGAGGACGAGCACAAGGACUUGAUCCGCGGCAUGAUGGGCUUGAUCUACCUGAUUGAGGCCAUUACCGAGUACCACAUCUCCAUGACCGACCUGCGCACCCUCAGCCGCCGUGGCAAGGAGCUGUCGGCGUCUGUCGCUGCGUCUGCCGCAGGCAACUCUACUGUCCCGGCAUCCAACACGUCGGCCCAUGGACCCUCACCUUCGUCGUCGUCUGCUUCUCCCGGCGGCGUGUCUCGCUCCCCGGCGGUCGUCUUGAUCGCUGCGGCCACUGCGUCAUCGUCGGCAUCGCAGGCCCUGCUUGCGUCGCGCCACCACUUGUCGCUGCGUACUCUGCAAGAGUCGUUCCCAGAUACCUGGAAGCUGUGUGCCGACUCGCCGCUUGCCGACGACCUGUUGCCUGCUCCUGGGGACACUCUGGGCGCUGCGCGGGCGCUGGACGUGGACGAGCCCGACGUGUUUGCGUGGCCGAUCGAGUUUGGCAUGCAGAACGCGUUCUCCAAGGCCGCGGGCAAGCCGUGGGAGGCCGUGUCGACCGAAGGUGACAGUCCCGAGGCCAAGUGA